GUUUGUAGUCAUCUAACUGCACUGAAGUCAAGGGGAAGUACUUUUCAUGUACACCACAGUAAUGAGAAGAGAACGAUAGAUUCUCUUCUGCUGAAGGUUUCAGCAUCUGACCUUGAAGAUUCUCAUUUGUCAUGCUGAGAUUUGGGCAACACCUCAUCAAGCCCUCUGUGGUCUUCUUGAAGACUGAGCUCUCCUUUGCUCUCGUGAACCGGAAGCCAGUGGUCCCAGGCCAUGUCCUUGUUUGCCCUCUGCGGCCAGUGGAGCGUUUCCGUGACUUGCGUCCUGACGAAGUGGCUGAUUUAUUUCAUACGGCGCAAAGAGUUGGCAAUGCGGUGGAGAAACACUUCUGCGGCACCUCGCUCACCAUUUCCAUUCAGGAUGGCCCCGAAGCUGGACAAACGGUGAAGCAUGUUCAUGUCCAUGUGCUUCCAAGGAGGGCCGGAGACUUCCGCAGGAAUGACGAUGUCUACACGGAGUUGCAGCAACACGACAAAGAGGAUUCCCCUGACAAGUGGAGGACAGAGGAAGAAAUGGCAGCUGAAGCAGCAAUUCUGAAGAAGUAUUUUCAGGAAAAUUAAAGGUAACAAAGUGUUUGAAAAACAUCCCGUGGCAUAUGAAACUCCUCGGAAAGAAAACCCUCGGCUCUCCAGUGCUCAGUGGGCCCUGGAGCUGCAGCUGAACAAUUUUAUUGUGUUCUCCAAAAAUAGGAUUCUUCCAUGAAAAAUUUUAUUGGACCUUUGGAUAUCAUCAAGGUUGAAUUUCAGCUAAGACAACUAACAGCCCUGAUUCAAAAUAUUGUUCUGAGUAGUGUCUCAUCCAUUCCUGAAAUGUGUACUUGGGAAUGAAUCUUCUUAAAUUGUCCCUUGGCCUAAAUUGAAAUAAAGUGCUUGCAAAAUCAGGUUGCUGCUGUGUUUAGGUACAUUACGAAGUCUUUACUGCAUGUUGUGCUUUUUUUUGAUGUGGUUAUUUUAUGUGGGCUAUUAUAUCAUAGAAAAAUUAGAUCUUUUAGCAGUGUGACAAUGCACACAACCCCAGGCUCUGGUACAGACUCGCUAAGAUAAACCUGGAAAGAGCAACUGUUUUGUCAGGUAAGGUAGUGGAACAAGAAAUAUAACACUUCUUAAGACCUUCCCUUUCUUUGUUCUUUUGAAUGCAUUGUCAUGAUGAUUCUGGAGUUUAAGGUGCUGCAAAACACUUCUGUGAAUCAAUGAACAUACAAAGCUGCUAAGGGGACAGUAAUCACCUGAGGGUUAGACUGGCACAAAUGUCCUGCUCCCAGCAGCAAACCACACGAGUAGGAGCCACCUGCAUGGAAGGGUCCCUCAGCAAGAAAUGCUCUGUUUGGAACCCUGCACAGAAAGAAGCCUGCCAUGGGUUAGCUGUUGAUUGCCAACAUGUAAUAAAGGAAAAGAAGUCAAACAACAGAUGGAAGAGAGAAGAAAUCAGUCUGCAAGACAAUC